AUGGCUCUUGUAAAUGGAUCUUCUAUGACUGAAUUCAUUCUGGUGGGGUUAACAGACCAGACAGAUCUCCAGCUACCCCUGUUCUUCCUGUUUCUAGUAAUGUAUAUGGUAACUCUAUUGGGAAAUUUGGGCUUGGUAACUUUAAUUGGGCUGAACUCACACCUUCACACCCCCAUGUACUUUUUUCUCUUUAACUUGUCCUUUAUAGACCUCUGUUACUCUUCUGUGUUUACACCUACAAUGCUGAUGAACUUCAUAUCAGAGAAGAACAUUAUCUCCUACAUGGGGUGCAUGACCCAGCUUUUCUUUUUCUGUUUUUUUGCCAUUUCUGAAUGCUAUGUGUUGACAUCAAUGGCCUGUGAUCGCUAUGUGGCCAUCUGUUACCCACUUUUGUAUAACAUUGUCAUGUCCCCUAAAGUGUGUUCCAACCUUAUGCUUGGUUCAUACUUGAUGGCCUUCUCUGGUGCCAUGGCCCACACUGGAUGUAUGCUGAGACUGACCUUCUGUGAUGCAAACACCAUCAACCACUAUUUGUGUGACAUCCUUCCCAUGGUACAGCUCUCCUGUACCAGCACCUUUGUCAAUGAACUGGUGGUUUUCAUUGUAGUUGGCAUCAACCUCCUUGUGCCCAGCCUUACUAUCUUUAUUUCUUAUGGUUGCAUCCUUUCCAACAUCCUUCAGAUCAGCUCCAAGCAGGGCAGGUCCAAAGCCUUCAACACUUGCAGUUCCCACAUAAUUACUGUUUCUCUGUUCUUGGGAUCAUGUGCAUUUAUGUAUCUGAAACCAUCUUCUGCUGGGUCUAUGGAUAAGGGAAAAAUCUCUUCUGUCUUUUAUACCCAUGUGGUUCCAAUGAUGAACCCCUUUAUCUACAGCUUGAGGAAUAAAGAUGUUAAACUUGCACUGAGAAAAACUCUGAGUAGUAGAAAACUUUGA